UUUCACUGUGUGUGUGUGUAUGUGUGUGCGUGCAUGCGUGCGUGUGUGUGUGUGUGUGUGUGUGUGUGUCAAGGUAUACAUUUACAGUCCAGACAUCAAAAUGUCUCUCACGAGCCAAGAAAAUGAAGAAUCGAUGGGAAUAUACGAUUACAGUAUUAACUGUGACAUGAAUGUCCUGUUACGGCUGAGGAAACUCUCCCAGAAUGAAGAUCCCGCUUUGGCUAACAAGGACUACGAGAGUCUCGACUACGAUUGGUGUUUCAACAAACCCUACCGAGCCAUGUUGCAGGAGAAACAGAAAAGAUUCCCGGAAGUAAGAAUCGAACUCGUGAAAUGGGUCGUCACAUUUUUCGUUGGCUUUCUGACAGCAAUGGUCGCUCUCUUCAUCGACAGCAUUGUGAAAUUGCUGAAUUCCUGGAAGUUUUCGACCAUCAACAAAUCAAUAGAGGAGUGCAGUAUGAAGGGCUGCCUGGCUUUAUCCUUGGUCUACCUCUUACUCUUCGAUGUGCUCUUCGUAUCUUUAGCUUCCUGUCUGACACUCUACGAGCCCGUUGCUAAAGGAUCAGGAAUACCGGAAAUCAAAUGUUAUUUGAACGGCGUUCGAAUCCCACGAGUUGUACGAUUGAGGACUUUGUUAUCCAAGGCUAUUGGAGUGUUGUUUAGUGUGGCUGGAGGUUUGUUUGUCGGUAAAGAAGGGCCAAUGAUUCACAGUGGGGCCAUUAUAGGAGCAGGUGUGCCUCAGACGUUUAUGAAAUCUGAUCUCUUUGCUAAAUAUAAGAUUAUAUUUAUUAAUAAGUUUAUAGUUAUCAAAGAAAUUUUUGUGGAUACUAAUACUUUGACAUAUUUUGUUUUCGAUAACUUUUGUGAUUUGAUACUAAAUGAUAGUGAGAAUAUAUUUAUCAAAGAGAUCACUGAAAUGUAA